UUAAUCCUGAGAUGGGUGUGAGUGAAAGCAGUGUGCAGAGGAGCCAGAAGAGAAAGAGAAAGCUACAAAAAUGUCAUCCGUUGGUGGGAAUUGAGACUGGAUUUCAGUGGAGAGCUGUUGUCUUCUGCUCUGGAUCACAUGAAGAAAACUCUUCUUCACCAAAUCCAACUCAGAAGUUCUCCGUGAUAAAAAAUAGGAUGGUUUCUUUGCAUCAGCCUUCUACACCAGAAAUCUCUUGUGUCAUCGGCUCAAGCUGUUCAUGGGAGACGUCCACAGACAGUUUUGGAAAGCCAGACUGGGUGUUAUCUUCCAUUGGUGUCCUGGCAUCGCAGGAGAGGCAGCAGAUGCUUCUGGAAAACAGUUCCUCCCAUGGAGAUGUUGAAGGGGACAUUUUCUUCCUGAACACCAGUAGAGUAGCAGAUAGAUGUGAGUUCAGCCUGCAAAGCCCCCUCCUGCCUGGGAGCUUGGAUUCUUGCUUGCUGGAGCUGGCCAUAUGUUCACAGGAUGCUGUUCCUCUUCUCCAGAGAUUCACAGUUGAAAUCAAAUAUGCAGAGACAAACAAAAAUACAGUAACUUCUCUGAGAGCUGGCCAUGAGGAAAAUGCCGGGAUGAAAUGGAAACACCUGGUGGCCCAGAUUGGACGGAUAGAAAAACCUUUCAAAAUCACUCUGGUGUAUUCAAACUGUGGAGCACAGGAGGCUGGAGUACUGGCAGUGGGCUCCUUGCAGCUCAGGAACUGCUUUCAUGAUAAAGGAAAUCAAGACCUUUUCGUACAUGACAAAGGCUCAGCCUUCCCCUGCUUUCAUGGAGGCUGUGUUAGCCACCUACAGAUCUGUGAGUUCAUCAGUGAUUGCCCUACCAAAGAGGCAGGAGUGAGGUGUGACAGUCUCCCAGAAGGUUCACAUUGUUCAUUUGAAGAAGGUCUGUGUGGCUGGACACUGAAUGAAACUGCAGCAUCUCCAUGGUCUGUUCGGGGCUUUUCUGAAAUGAUUCAAGAGGACUCAUUUGUAGGGUCUACUUUGCAAGUCACUGGUGGACACUUCCUCUACCUGCGAGCAGACAGCACUCAGACAAGUGGUAUGGCUAAGGCUUGCAGUACCAGCUUGCCAGCCAGUCUUGCCACUGAAGACUACCAGAUUCAAUUUUCAGUGCAUGUUUUUGGACGCUACAAUGGUACAGUCUCCUUCUCUCUCAGGGAAGAGAUAAAGGGAGCUCCAAUCACCUUGCCAAUGUGGGAAAGGGUAGGGAGCUGGAGCGACCACUGGUUUCUCAUCACCUUACCAAUGCCAGUGCUUCAGAACCGGUUUCAGCUGGAACUCCUGGCAACCUGGGGCUGGAAUUCCCAAGCUGACAUUGCUAUCGACAACAUUACAUUUGGCCUGGACUGCUUCACUGACGGAAGAAAACCGAGUCAUUUAGGUGGGAAACGCCAGUACCCACGUGAGAUUAGUAUCCUGGAUGAACAUCUUCUGAACCCCCUGGAAGAGCCCUCCCUCCCAGGGGACACAACUGUUGUUCUGUGGUGGUUCUCAACAUGUGGUGCCAGUGGUCCCCAUGGGCCAACUCAAGCUCAGUGUGACAGUGCCUACAAGAACAGCAAUGUGUCAGUGACUGUGGAGAAGGAGGGCCGGCUCCGGGGAGUGCAAGUCUGGAGAGUGCCAGCCACAAACAGAUACAGGAUUUCUGCCUAUGGAGCAGCUGGGGGGAAGGGAGCCAAAAACCACAAUAAGAGGUCCCACGGGGUCUUCAUCUCAGCCACCUUCCACCUGGAGAAAGAUGAGCUGCUGUACAUCUUAGUGGGGCAGCAGGGGGAGGAUGCCUGCCCUGGGGGCAAUCCUGAAACCCAGAAGAUCUGCUUAGGGGAGUCAUCUCUCAUUGAAGAAGAUUACAAAAAAAAAAGGGACCUGAAGGAAUGGGCUGGAGGAGGUGGGGGUGGAGGAGGAGCAACCUACAUCUUUAGACAGAAGGAUGGGAUUUUCGAACCUUUGCUCAUCGCAGCAGGAGGAGGAGGAAAAGCCUACCUGAAGGCUCAGGACAACUCCCUGGAUGAUGUACCCCUGGAGCAAUUUGAGAACAGCACCGCAGUACCUGGAGUCAGUGGGAGGACUGGGGCAGCAGGUGGAGGUGGUGGCUGGCAAGAUGAGAGUCUGCUUCCUCAGGCUGGGAAGUCCCUUCUGGAAGGUGCAGAAGGAGGUCAAGCUUGUCCCCAAGCACUAGCCAAGCUCCAGUGGACCACCUCUGGUGGUUUUGGUGGAGGAGGAGGAGCUUGUACUUCUGGGGGAGGAGGUGGAGGGUACAGAGGGGGACAUGCCUCUGAUAGUGAUGAUAUCACAGCUGGUGGGCAGGAUGGCAUCUCUUUUGUGAACCCCAUAGGAGAAAUCUUCUUGCAUCCCUUAGCAGCCAUGGAGAGUCAUGGGGAGGUGGAGGUUCAGAUCUAUCUUAACUGCAGCCACUGCCACUCAGACAACUGCAAGCGGGACCCUGACACCAACCUGCCAGUGUGCCAGUGUGAGAUGGGGGCUGUGCUGGCCAAUGACAAUGUCACCUGCACUGUGCCCCAGGGUCCUAUACCAGAGGGACAGCUGCCUCUCCCCCUCCUCUUAGCUGUGGUGUCUGUGAUUGUGGUGCUUGGAAUGAUCCUCACCUGUGGUAGCCUGUCCAUCAUUUAUCACCUGAAGAAGCAGCAGCUGGAAGGAUCCAGAGCACGACUGCAGAGCCCAGAGUAUAAACUGAGCAAAAUCCGCACAUCUGUCAUCAUGACCGAUUACAACCCCAACUACUGCUUUGCAGGGAAGGCCGCCACUCUGAGCGAGCUGAAGGAGAUCCCACGGAAGAACAUCUCUCUGCUUCGGGCACUAGGACAUGGUGCAUUUGGUGAGGUUUAUGAGGGAACUGUGGUAGGCAUUGCAGGGGACCCCAACCCUCUACAAGUGGCUAUCAAGACCCUGCCAGAAGUCUGCUCUGAGCAGGAUGAGAUGGAUUUCCUGAUGGAAGCAUUGAUUAUCAGUAAGUUCAAUCACCAAAAUAUUGUGCAGUGCAUUGGUGUCAGCCUACAGACACUGCCUCGCUUCAUUCUGCUGGAGCUCAUGGCUGGAGGAGACAUGAAGAGUUUCCUUCGGCAGAACCGACCCAGGAUGAAUCAGCCAUCCACACUAACGAUGCAGGACCUGCUGAAUAUAGCUAGGGAUAUUGCCUGUGGCUGUAAAUACCUGGAAGAGAAUCAUUUCAUCCACAGAGAUAUAGCUGCAAGGAAUUGCCUUUUGACCUGUACUGGAGCAGGCCGAAUAGCCAAAAUUGGUGACUUUGGAAUGGCCAGAGAUAUUUACAGAGCAAGUUACUACCGCAAGGGAGGAAGAGCCAUGCUUCCUGUCAAGUGGAUGCCACCAGAAGCUUUUCUAGAGGGCAUUUUCACCUCCAAGACUGAUACCUGGUCCUUUGGAGUGCUGCUUUGGGAGAUUUUCUCUCUAGGCUACAUGCCCUACCCUUGCAAAACCAACCAGGAAGUGCUGGAAUUUGUCACCAGUGGAGGAAGAAUGGAUCCACCAAAAAACUGUCCAGGGCCAGUGUACCGGAUCAUGACACAAUGCUGGCAGCACAGUCCAGAGUAUCGGCCAAACUUCUCUACCAUCCUGGAAAGGAUCAAGUACUGCACCCAGGACCCUGAUGUGAUCAACACUGAGUUGCCCAUGGAGUGUAGCCCUGCACCAGAGGAUGAAGGGAGUAUGGUCAUGCGCCCAAACAUUUCCAGUGGGAUAGUGCCACUGCUGGUAAGCCCUUCUCUCACCCCUCAGACAACACCUAAGACACUGGAAUCCCCCCAUGCUGGCCACAAACUUGUACAAUGUCCACAAGAGCUACUGGUGGAGAACCUGAGUAACCGGACUGCCCGAGGGCCCAGCCUGCCAUGCCUCAGUGAUUUCAACAGUGGGUUAUGGUUCCAGCAGACCUCAAACCAGAAGCUGGAGCUCAGCAACCCAUCCACCCACAGACUUAAAAACAAAACAAAAAAUCUUUGGAACCCAACAUAUGGAUCAUGGGUGCUAGAGAAUAUCUGUCACUUCAGCCCCAGCUCCAAGCUCAAAGCAAAUCCAGAGCGGGAAGAUUCAGGCUUUGAUGGGAAUUGCAGUUCUCCUAGCUCUCGGGAAUCUCCAGCAUCUCCAAGUCAAAGUAACUGCCCUCGCCUGGAUAUCAGUGGGAUUGAACUGGUGAAACUCCAGACUUUCCCCUGUGGCAAUGUAAAUUAUGCUUAUGAUGACCUGUGCUAUAAUUCUGAGCACCAGCCAUCAGCCUUGGCAGAGAUCAGAACAGCUGUGCUAAGGAGCUCCAGUCUGCACAGAGAUGAAAAGCCUUUUUGUAAAAAAGAGAAAACAUCAAGAGAGAGAGACUCUGGUCUGUCUUUGUCAGAUGACUUGAGUGUUACUCCAGUAUAGUAGAAAUGGUUUUUCGAAAGAUCAGGGAAUGUGUGUGUUUGGAAGGACUGCUUCCUGUUUCACUAACUUCCUCCACUUUAGUUCCAUCAGAUGGGUGAAGUUUCAACAUCAGCAAUGUUCUGUUUCCUCUGUCUGCCUGCUGGAUCCCACAUUGUUAAAGACACUUGCAUUUCUAUAUCUGUCCUUCAAAUGUGUUCCACUGAACCAGCUUAGAAGUGGAGAACAACAGCAUGGUUUGUGUGAUUCAGAAUAGAGUCCUAAGGAAAGAACUCCUUUUCAAUCUGCUCAGGUGAAAAGAAAUGGACCUACCAUCCAGCUGCAGUAUUUGAAAGGAAAUAACGGCCAACACAGGCUGUGCUUCUUUCUGAACCAAGGGUCUAAAAAUGUGUGCUGUGCCAGCAGCAACCAACUGAGCUGCUACAUUCCUGAGAGCUUUUUACAGUCCUGGUGAAUUACUAAUGCUUAUGCACUAUAAGGGAGGUAAAAAAAAUAGCAGCCACAUUUGCAUCUGUUUUAUUAGUAGACCUUGUGGAAGAUAUUGCUCAAAUUGGAAGCAGUAGGAAGAAUGAAGAAAAAAAUCAGGCUCCUCUGAGCAUGUGCCUUGCAAACAAGCAAUGAAGAGGAAAACAUUUACCAUUUAAAAAAGCAGUAGCUGGUGGAGCUGAUAAUAUUCCUUUGAAUAGUGAAGGAAAUGUGCUGCUUGCCUCAUGGUGUUGCUUUCCUCACAGCUCCUGGCAUUGAAGGGGCAGGUGGUUUUUCAAGGAAGGGUGAGCUGCAUGGUGUGAUGAGAAAUCGACUGUCUUUUUCUUUUAAUGGACUUUACUUAAAAUGAACUUCAUUUUUGUAAGUACUUUGAUAUUCAGCAUUAAUUCUGUGUGCUGUGUUAGUAAGAACUUAGCUGAGGUUCUUGGGUAACUAUCUAGCAUUUGGUAUGAUGGAGUUCUUGGUUUUAAUACUCUGAGGUAGAAAGUAAUGCAAAGGAGAGGAAUAGUGAAGGGAAAUCUAAUGCAAACCCCACUUAGGAUGUCGUUUUUACAGGAAAGUAGAAUAGCUCAACCAUUUGAGAAAGCUAAAGCCAUGACUUGGCUUCACACAGCUGAGCAGGUAAUAAUUGUUCCUUGCCUUGCAAGUGCAGGCUUGCUUAUAAAAGUAGUCAUUUUUUUCCAAGACAGCUCAUUCCUAAGGCUUUCUUCAGUUGUUUAGGAUCUAAAUUCAUGUUUACAGAUUAAAGCUGCAAAAUAAAGAGACUGAAAAGGCAAAUAAUUUGGAUUAAGUCUGAACAGUCUUGGAAGCAUUCUGUUCUUGUACCAAUCCUGAAUGUCACCUACAGUGUGACCUACAGUGGCAAAUUACAUACUGUCUUUGUGUGUAAUCAAGUUGUGUAGUGAGAUGCCAGUUGUAGACUUCUCCAGUUCCCUUCUGAGGCAAGAGGUUCUCUGGUAUAUGCUUUAUGCUUAGUGAUCAGCUGCAUGUACAAUCUGAAGGUGCAGGCUAGCAGGUGAUGGCUUCCUUUGACCACAGACUUCCUGUCCUUUACAUAGUCAAGGUGGACACUACUGAGCUGUGGUAAAGAAAAUCACAGAGUGGAGUGAAUCCAAUCUCAGUGAAAGGCAUCUUCAGCACAAGUUUAUCCUUUAUUGGUCUGACUUUCUAUCUGUUCCACACUUUGUAUAGUUUUAGGCCUUUCACUUUAGAAUGGACAGUUUUAUACAAUGUCAUUUCAGAGCAUACAAAUAUUAUAAGAGCAGGUGUCAAGAGGAUGGAGUAGACUCAUUUCAGUGGUACCCAGCAACAGGACAAGGGACAACAGGCACAAACUGAAACAUAGGACAUUCUUCCUGAGUGUGAGAAAAAACCCUUGUUUACUUUGAGGGUGACAGAGCACUGAAACAGGUAGCCCAGAGAGGCUGUGUAUUCUCCCACUCUGGAGACACUCAAAACCCACCCAGACAUGAUCCUGUGCAACCUGCUGUAGGAGAACCUACUUGAGCAGGGAGGUUAGACUAGAUGAUCUUUGGAGGUCCCUUUUCACACCAAACCUUCUAUGAUUUCCAGACAUAAAGGGUGAUGAUUGUCAUCUAUAAGCAAAGACCCAUAUGGUGUGGAAAUAAUUCUAAAUCCAUGGUGUUGUAAAAUGACAGAUGGCCAGAAGAGAGGGGUCCCUCUGUGUGGAGCAAAUUUCAGAAGUGUGGAGACUGAUGGGUUUAGUGACCAAGGGAGAUGAUGACCUUGCCUCAUGCCCUUCCUCCCAUUUCACCUUUGCUUUAGCUCUGUAGCUUCUCUCACAUUUAGUUCAUUGCCUGUCCUGUCUUAUAUCCAGGAGUUGCUACAGCCCAGUUAGAUGAGGCAGAAAAGCCCAUUUAGCAGGAAACGUUCUCAUUCUUUCCUCUUGAAAAGGCUAAUAUUUUUGGUCAUAUUUCAGACUGACUGCCUCUGGACCAUGCUAGUCAAAAAUAAAUGCAUUUACUUUUAACUAAUUUGAAUUUCAUCAGUUUGUCCUUACCUUUCAUAUUGUAUUACUUUUAUGGUUCAUACAUUAGUAGAUUUUUUUCCCCCAAAAGAUGAACUAUCAAACUUUCCAGUAGUUGUGACUUGGUGCCAGCGACUUGGCCCCUUCCUCCCUGAAUAUAAGGCCACAGCAGAGUGCAGCGAUUGUGGUUCACCUGCAGUGGACGUGAUGCCAGCUCACUCUUCAGCCCUUAUCUGUCCUGAGCAGAGCACUGGUGGUCAUGGCCAUGCUUUUGCAGGCCCAUUAUGACUCUGCUUUCAAUUCUCCUUAGCCAUUAGCAGGGGCUGGAAACUGGUGGCAAUAGGAGUGAAAUACUGGCUUGUUCAGAAGCUAUGGGAAGUUAACUGUGCUACCUUCUCUUUCCAGAGACUUUUAAUGAAGCAGCAGACAGAAGACACUUCAUAUUUUUAAAUGACUAUAAAAUACCCCAAGAUUCCAGUGAGAAACAGGCAUGAGCUCUACUGUCCAGAUAGUUACCCAGCUUGAGCUACCACUGUUUUCCCUCUGAAGCAUUUGCCUCAACAUAACUCACAAAUUUAUGUGAGUUAUGUUGAGGCAAAGGCUUGUAUGAAAGGCCAGUAGUGAUAAAACCAGGGAAGCUAUUGAAAAGUGAAGUGAGAGAAGAGCACAGUUCUAUUACCAGUGCCAGGGGCAGUCUUGGCUGCAGCUAUGCCUUCAUUUUAUAAAUAAAGUGCAAGUCUAGCACAUCUGACAAAUGCCUGAUUUUACUGAAUAGCUGCACCAAGGUACCCAUUUGCAGGAAGCAGAUAGACAAAGCUGCACUGAGACUGAACAGACUUCUGUCCUGACCAGGAUCUUGUCCCUAAGGAGUGAUCAAGAGUGGGAUGUUGAAGAGCAGCUGUAAGAGUAGAGUAAGCAUAUACUGAUUAUUUAUUUCCAAAAACAGACUCUGAUGGUUUACAACAGCAUUUAGCUCAGGGCUGCACUGAGCCAGAUGCAGUCUUUUCUAAAAAGACAAGACAUAGAGAUGCAGGCACCAAAUGGGCAUUAAAAGAAAGAGCUGGUAAUUUUAAAAGAAUCUGCAUUAGCAACCCCAAUGCUCUUAACUCUCCCAAAUGGAAUGAUCUUCUGUCAGCAUAUUGCUAUGAAUCUUUGACCUCUAACAAUCUUUUUUUAGAUGCUGUUUAAAAACCCUCACAGAUAAUGAAUUUUUAAUUAAUAUCCUGGAGGAAAUAAUUUUUGUCCUGUUGUGAAGUUGAAUGCUACAUACUGUACAAACCAUUAUAUCUCAAAAGAAAAAAAACACAAUUGCAGUACACACUACAACCUUCAGUCCUUCAAUUCUGAGACUGAAAUUUACUGUUUGUACAAUCACAGAUUUCAUAGUGCUCAACUGCUAGCACUGCAAAACGUAACUUGUGUGAAACUGUUUUUUAUUAAGGAGACAUUUUUAGUGCAUCACCAAUUAGUUAAACCCAUAGUGUCAAAAUUAGAUUAAUUUGGAAACUGGAAGACAAAACCCAAUUUUGCUUCCUAGAGGAAUGACAUGAGCUGGAGAUUUGGGAUUAAUUCAGUCCUAUAAUCCAUGUGAAGUCUUCCACUACUUCCUUACUGCAGAAUCAGCCAUUUAUAGGGUUGUUAUAAAUUGCUUUUCCUGACAGGUGUCUGUCUUUUAACAUUACUCAAUUCGUUUUGUAAUUGUAUGUAUAUAGUUGGUUUCUGACUGUGUUUAGCAUUCUUUAAGUUGCUUCACACAACCUCGUAUGUACAUUUUAAAGAAGGGACUGAUUAACAGAAGAUGA